GAGGAGCGGGAGGGCGGCUGCAAAAAUGACUCAGUAAGUUCGGCGGCCGCUCGGCCUCUGCGCCUCCGGUGCCAGCGCCCCGGGAUGUAUUCCUCCCCGCUCUGCCUGACCCAGGAUGAGUUCCACCCAUUCAUCGAGGCGCUGCUGCCGCACGUGCGCGCCUUCGCCUACACCUGGUUCAACCUGCAGGCGCGCAAGCGCAAGUACUUCAAGAAGCAUGAGAAGCGCAUGUCUAAGGACGAGGAGCGCGCGGUGAAGGAUGAGCUGCUGGGAGAAAAGGCUGAAGUGAAGCAGAAGUGGGCGUCGCGGCUGCUGGCCAAGCUGCGCAAGGACAUCCGGCCCGAGUGCCGUGAAGACUUCGUACUGGCUGUGACUGGCAAGAAGGCACCGGGCUGUGUGCUGUCCAACCCGGACCAGAAGGGCAAGAUGCGGCGCAUCGACUGCCUGCGCCAGGCCGACAAAGUGUGGCGCCUGGACCUGGUCAUGGUCAUCCUGUUCAAGGGCAUCCCACUGGAGAGCACGGAUGGUGAGCGGCUGGUAAAGGCGGCUGCCUGUGCGCACCCCGUGCUGUGUGUGCAGCCGCACCACAUCGGCGUGGCCGUCAAGGAGCUGGACCUGUACCUGGCCUACUUUGUGCGGGAGCGCGAUGCGGAGCAGAGCAGCAGCCCCAGGACAGGAGUGGGCUCAGACCAGGAGGACAGCAAGCCCAUAACGCUGGACACCACAGACUUCCAGGAGAGCUUCGUCACAUCAGGCGUGUUCAGUGUCACAGAGCUGAUCCAGGUGUCACGGACACCUGUGGUGACCGGAACCGGACCCAACUUCUCCCUGGGAGAGCUGCAGGGCCACCUGGCAUACGACCUGAACCCGGCCAGCGCUGGUAUGAGAAGGACUCUACCCAGCACCUCCUCCAGUGGGAGCAAGCGGCACAAGUCGGGCUCGAUGGAGGAGGAUGUGGACACGAGCCCCGGUGGCGACUACUACACAUCGCCCAAUUCGCCCACGAGUAGCAGCCGCAACUGGACAGAAGACAUAGAAGGAGGCAUCUCAUCCCCGGUGAAGAAGACAGAGAUGGACAAAUCUCCGUUCAACAGCCCUUCUCCCCAGGACUCCCCCCGGCUCUCCAGCUUCACGCAGCACCAUAGGCCGGUCAUCGCGGUACACAGCGGCAUCGCGAGGAGUCCCCACCCAUCCUCAGCCCUGCACUUCCCUGCCACGCCCAUCCUGCCGCAGACAGCCUCCACGUACUUCCCCCACACAGCCAUCCGGUACCCGCCACAUCUCAAUCCCCAGGACCCACUCAAGGAUCUGGUGUCCCUGGCCUGUGACCCAGCCACCCAGCAGCCUGGACCGCCUGCUCUCCGCCCGGCACGUCCCCUGCAAACAGUCCCUCUGUGGGAUUAGGACCGAGGGAGCCUCUUGCAGGACAGUCCUGGUACCUGGGGUAGCCGAGGUUGCCUUCCCCACGCCUCCUUCACCGGUGGAGUCCCAGGGUGACAGUCCCAGCCUGCAUUUUUGGUGGAAAAUUAGACGGAGUGAGAAGCCCCCUGCUGACUCUCAGCUCUCGCUGGAAAAGGACAAAAGACAAACAGGAAAAAAAAAACCCUUCCCAACCAAGAUGACAACAGAUGGGAGCUGUGGGUCUCUGUGGCACCUGCUGCUGAUGGACGACGGCUGCCUGCAGCCCUUCUGCGCCCUGAGGACCCCGCCCGCCAUCACCCACAGAGCAGGCAAGCCCGGCCUGGUGCCUGCAUCCAGCACCAACAGAUGGGCGGAAUGGACGGACGGGGUGGGCCACCCAGGCAGGCCACCUCCCCCCAGAUCCCUGCUGCCAGCCACCAGCGCCAGCCUGGGGGGGGACCUCCAGCCACCCCACCGACAGUGUUUGCCAAAGACAGGAGGCUGGAGGUGGACAGACCGCAUGGUGGGCGGAAGAGGCACAUGGGAGCCGCCCAGCUCUGCUGGCCCUGCUGGGGACAGACAUGCCAUACAGGUACUUUGGGACCCCCGGGAGGGUCCUGUGUCCAGCCUCCAUCUCGGCCCUCUGGCCCCUCUCUCCUUGCGGACCUCAUUUGGAAGGACACAUCUCUCUAUGCAAUUUGUCCCCACCCCACACCCCGGCAUGAGAGGCCACGCAGCUCCCGACUCUCUGGCCUCUUCUCGCACAUGGAAAGUAUCAGCACUUUGAGAAACAGAGGUGGGGGAACCGGGGCCCCCCACGCUGAGGUUCCUGGAGGCGGGAGGUGCCGCGAUCUAAGUGCCUAGCCCCUCUACCCACCCGCCGUCCACCUCGUCCAUUGGGGACACAGAGUGGCCAGGGUACCCCCACCCUCAUCUCUGUGUACCCUAGCUCCUCAUCACUGCGCGUCCUCCAAGCUAGAGAGAUGGGACCCCAGGGUGGUAGAGCUGGGUGUCCCAAAACCCAGGCUGGGGCUACGCGCCGUCCCCCUACACUUCUGCCAGUGCCUUACUUCCUGGAGACCCACUCUGGGGUACCCCACUGCAGGGGGAUACCCCCUUUGCACUUUGACCCUCCUGAUGAUGUGGGGCCCAGCACAGGGACCAAGAAGGCUGGUGGAAGUGCACUCAGACCCCAGGUGGGGGGCUCUGGGGGUGAUGGGGUGACAGGGUGACUGAUGGCUGGGGUCCCCCAUCUGCUAUGCGUCCUUCACUGACCUAAAAACACUAAGAUGGGGUACAAGGGCCAUGCCCCAACCCCAGCUCUGCAGCUCCCAUACGUAACCGCCCUGCCCCUAUCUUGGAUGGCCCGCCCUGGGAGGGGAUGUUGGGCAUUUUAAGGUCACUGAACCUACAAAGGCCCCUCCUCCCCGACCACCCAUCAUCAUACCUAGCUCUGUCAUGUCCCCUCCCCACGCGCGCGGAGGCCCAAGGCCAUUACCCCAGCAGAGACCCCAGGGCCAGGCCCCACCCACAUGCCAUCCCCCCUGGGACACUUGUAAGUACAAAGCUCCCAAGACUUCCCCAGCCUUCGAGGCCUCAAACCCCCACCAUCUGUCUGUCUGUCCUCCAGGACCCUCCAGUAGGGGGACCACUGGGAACAUCAUGGAGGCCACUGUCCAGAUGGGGCUCAGGCCAGUGGGUGUGGGAUGGGCCUUCUGCAGGGUUGACCUGGCACGUCCCCUCUGAUCCCCCCAAGCCAGCCAGCCGGGUCCAGCAGGGGUCAGGACAGAACCAACUAUUUACCUAACUGCAUGGUGCUUAAGGCCCCGCGACACCCAAGAGCCCCCUCCCUUGCCGGGCUGCUGUGUGCAUGACAGGUCCGCCUACCCGCCCACUUCCCACACCACCUCUACUAAAAAAGGAAAGAAAAAAAAAAGGAUACACAAUAUAUAUAUACAUAUAUAUAUAUAUAU